AUGGGUUGCACUUCAAGUAAAUAUACCUCCCCGGAUUUAAUCGGAAUCAAUCCAUUGCCGAUAAAGUAUUGCCCAUCUUGUAAUCAACAGUAUAAACAGCGUGGAUGGUGUCAACCAUGCGAGGCGAAACGAUUCAAAGAGGAUUUCCCUAAUUGGACGAGUGGGAAUGGUGAAUUGGAUUUAUUCAUAAGAGACACGCAAUUGAAUGCAACAGCACCCCAGACGUUUUUCGAAUGGAUACCCUAUGAUAAAUUUGACAAGAUCAAAGAGGUCGGAAGAGGUGGUUUCGGUAUUGUGUACAAGGCGAUAUGGGAUCUUGGGCCUAAAUCGUGUUGGGAUAGCAGUAAAAAUAGUUGGAUACGUGAAGGGGAAAAACAAGUAUCUCUUAAAAGAUUACACGAUUCCGACAAAGCGGAUUUUCAUUUUUGGAAAGAGAUUUUUCGACAUUUUUGUCAAAGCAAAUAUAUCCCACGUUGCUACGGAUUUAGCCGUGAUCCAAUGACCCACGAAUAUAUAAUAGUAUGUGAUUUUAUUGAAGGAGAUCUAAGACAUUAUCUCGAAAAAAAUGCAAGAAAUAUUAGCUGGGAAAAGAAAUUAGGGAUUGUCUAUAAUAUAGCACAUGGAUUGAUGACUAUUCAUAAUGCGGGGGAAUUAGAAGGAACAUUAAUGUCAUGGGGAUGGCAUAUGGGCGUGUCACAAAAACACGUAGUCUCCAAUCAAUUCAUUGCCGCCGAAAAUGAAAGAUUACGAUCGUUAGAAUUAAAUAACGAGAAAUCUUUUAAGGGAACUGAUCAUCCGGAGGCAAUCUACAAGAGUAGACUGUUAUUAUUUCCUAAUUUGCCGAAACCACGAAAUCCGAGUAACUCCUUGAUUUAUUAUUCAAAUGAUGAGGAUAUCACAUAUGAUGAGCGAAAAAAUCAGAAAGAAGCUUACCAUGAAGAAUUAUAUGAUGUAAGUUCAAUGAAAACUUUACAAGUUGUUGGCAGCGGCGAAGUUUGA